AUGAGCCGCUACCUGACGCCCUCCAAGGUCGCCCUGCUCUGCCUCGUCUCGCUGUACACCGAGGGCAUCGUGCCCAACACGUCUGCCGUGCCAGUACUCUCGUUCCUGGUCUCGCACAUUGUGCCCCCUCGCUCAGGCGCCGCUGAGAGAGCGCCUGCUGCCUUUCGCCGCGACAGGAGCCAUGCCGUCUCCAUUGACGAGCUCGAAGAGGUGCUCGCCUACCACGCCUCGUCCAUCCCCGGCCGCUCAGUAUGGGACCUGUUGUUGCGCAAGAUGUGGCUGCUGGACUGCUGCGACGCGCUCGAGAUGUUCUUUGCCGAUAUCCAUUCCAUUGUCGAGAAGCCGCGCGAGGAGCAGAUCAUAGACAGGGACAAUGGCAUUGCCCCCGCCAGCAGCGACCAGCACAUGCUGCUGUCGCGCUCGUCGCCGCUGGGCGCCUUUGUGCGUCGUGCCCAGCUCGAGUUUACGCGUCUGCAGUUUCAUGAUUCCGUCAAGCUGUGGCGCGCUUUUAUCAAGUAUCGUCUGCCGACGUAUCGGGCCUGGGCGAGACGCCAUCCGUCCGGCGAGCAGUCGGCGGUGGAUAACAACUUUGUCGAGCUCGACAUGAGUGCAGACAGCUACCUCGGCCAGGUAAUAUACGGCAAUAUCGAGGGCGAGGCGGACGACGACGGCGCCGGCGUGAGCACCAAGGACGCCGAGCAGCUGCUCACCUUCCAGGUCGACGAGCUGCAACGCCUUGGCGGGAGAGUCUCGGACGAAGUCAAGGAUCAGCUAGAAUAUAUCAUUGCUACGGGGGUCAACGUUCCCAGCAUGUCGCACUAUAUUCGCUUUCUGGACGCCUGGAGAUCGGGCGACUACCCGUCCUCGUUUGAUAAUCUGCACCGCUAUUUUGAUUACACGGUGCACGGCCGUGACCGCAGUUUCUACCAGUAUGCGCUGCUGAAUCUGGCUAUUCUGCAUGCGGAUUUUGGCUGCUAUACGGAAGCCGUGUCGGCCAUGCAGGAGGCCAUCUCCAUUGCGCGCGAGUCGCAUGACAUGGACUGUUUGAAUUUCUGCAUGAGCUGGCUGUAUCAUUUCGGAAAGGCGUUUCCUGAGGAAAUGAAGGACGUUCAGAGCACCGGCAUGUUGGGUAGUGAGAAGGAAGGACUGGCUUUUUUGAAAGCAAAGGCCAAAGAGACCGAGUCUUGGGGGCUGCUCAGCACGACGCAGCUGAGCGAGGCGAAACUUGAGUUACAGAACGGAGACAGCCUUGCGUCGGUCUUUGAGAAUAUCGUCAAGUCGUCGUAUUUGAACGUGACGAGGAAUCUGAGGACGACUAUGGGGCCGCAGCUGUUGCUUCAAGCGUCCGUUUUUUCUAGAAUAGGCCUCACACAUAAUGCCCUGCUGCAAUGUGAGAUUUUCCGCGAAUGCUACGCCAAAGGGGCGCCCUUGGAUGACUAUCUCAAGAUAGCUUAUCGAAGCAGCCAGCUGCUGUCGCAUGGCGGUGGCCAUAAAAGAGCAAUGGCUCGUAUAAACGACAUCUCGCCAGCCGAUCUACGCUCGCUCAAAGCUAGCCAGAGCUGGGCUUAUUACUGCGGUGUUUUGAAACUGCAGCGGCAGAUCCAUAGAGACGACGGCGUCGCCGCCGAACACCUCCUCAGCCAACUCCAAGAAAUGGAACUCCCAGACAUCGACCUCGCCCUACACCUCUCCCUUCUCGAAAUCGAAUUCCGCCUGCGCAAGGGCCACUACCAAAAAGCCAUGGACAUUCUCGACGAAGUCGCACAUUUUAUGCAACAAGACAACUUUGACAUUUUCGUGCAAGUGCGCUUACUCUGCUACAAAGCACGCAUCCUCGCCAAAACGGGUCUGCCACAGCGUGGCUUCUCGCUCGCCAUGCGCGCCGCCAGCAUCGCCUAUCGGUCUCGCGUGUUGCCUGGCCUGUGGGAAGCCAUUGGCGUGCUCGCCACUGUGCUUCUCAGUCUCGGCGAAUUCGAAGCCGCGGCAGAAAUGAUGGAGAGCAUUAUGCCGCAGAUCCUCGAGCUGGAUGACCGCUACCUGACCGCGCGCUCGUACUCGGUGCUUGUCGACGCCAACAUGGGCAUGGCGGGCGACAACUUCAAAACUAACAAAAAGGAAAUGGGGCCGAUGAAAACGAAUAAAAACGUGACGCGUGCAAUUGCAUAUAUAGACUGCGCGUACGACGAGUUUGAGGCGAUUGAGGAUGUGCCUGGGCAAUGCGAGAUGAUGGCUAAGAAGGCGACGGUCAUGCAUUUGACGGGCGAGCCGGUGCUGGCGAAUGAUUAUGCGGCCAAGUGUCUGGAUUUGAAGAGGAAGGCUGCAGAGAGUGAGAGUUGA